AUGUCGACCGAUUUGGAAAAUAUGAUUGUCUACAUAAAGGUUUGGGUUUUUUCAUUUUUUUUUUUAAUGGUUUUGAAAAUUUUUAUUGAUUGAAGAAGCUUGGUUAUUUAAUUUAUUCUCUCAUUUUAUUGAAUAAUUUAGUUUUUGUCUUUGAAAAUGAUAAAAAGGGCGAAUUUUAUAAGUAAAUGGGGCCAGGAUACGAUCCAGCGACCCUUUUAUCCUCAUCCAAGCCUUCUAACCACUUUACCAACCAAUUCAGAACGACCGAGGUGUCACCUUACCAAUGUAUAUCAAAAAAACCGACCGCGUCGAAUUAAUAUGGUCCGAAAUGGCCGGUUGUUCGUCUCUUCAUGAAGGAUCCUUAUGCUUCAAGGCAUUAUUUAAUCGAGGUUUGCUUUUUUAUUCGAAAUUAUUGAAAAAAUUAUGAUCAAGUACGGGAAAUUGUAUAAAAAAAUAGUUGGUAUAGCUAACUGUUUUUACGCGACGCUUUGAGCCAUUCCACAUGCGAUCAUGGCUAACGAAAUCUCAAGAAGCUUUUUUUUUAAAUUUUUUUACGUGCUUUGAUCAUAAGAAAAAUUAGGAAAAAUCAAUAAAAUAUUGAACUUCUGGCAAGGGAGGCCAUUUCACUUUGGGGUUCGGAUUUUCUUGAAAACUGGCCAAAUUCUUUUUGGAUAUACCAGAUGAACAUUCUGAAAGUUUUAACUUGCAUAACUCUCUAGUUUUUGAGAAAAGACGCCUUAAAGUCAAGGAAAACCUUCAGAAUCCGUUAAAAUAGGCAAUUUUGAAACUUUGAGUCGUUAUUUCUCAAAAACUAGGGAGUUUUGCAGGUUGAGAUUUUCAGUAUUGGCUUCUGGUACACCCAAGAAAGAUCUGGCCAAUUUUCAGGAAAUUCCCAACCAGAAAGUGAAAUGAAUUCCAAUUCUAAGGAGACCAAAAAAUAAAAAUAAAACGUUCAGGACGUCGCCUGGAGCGGAACGACGUCGUCGGCGAGGUCGGGAUCCAGCACUACGACACGAUUAAGCUCCAAUCCCUAAAGCCUCACAAUCCGCUGCCGCCAAAGCAGCUCAGCGAGCCCGAUUUCACGCAAACUGAGCCCAAAGCCGUCGAUUUAGCCGCGCAGAACUUGGCCGCCGACGUCUGACCGAUAAGAUGGUGUUUUUCAACUCUCCUACAUGUAUAAAUACAAAGUGCAACUGUGAUAAAGACGUUUUUUUUCUUGUCUCGAAGCAAAACAUUUCAUUUGCUGCCCAAAAUGUCGGUCAACCUGGACACUAUGCUGGUUUAUAUCAAGGUUUGGUCAUCUGAAAUGUAUUUAAAGGCUCUAAAAUCAAAAAUAUGGGAAAAAUAAACUUUUAAAAGAUAGAUUUUACAGCCGAUGAGACAGCUGUCCCUACAGAAAGGCACGAAAAUCGAAAAUUUCAACAAAUUAUUCUAACUUCACACGGCGAUUUGUUAGUGGAAGAAAAUGCAAAACCGUGGUCAAAACCUCCGCCGUUCCGAUGUGAUGUCAUGGGAAAAACGAGUAAACAACAGGAAAUAUUAAAGGCGCAUUCAAUGGGUCAUGAGACGAAUCUAUCCCUCAUUUAAAAAAACGCGAUUCUUCUGUUUUUGUUUUGUUUUAAAACACAUGCCGCGUUGAAACUAAUUUCGCGAAAUUCAAAAUAGCCACCAGAGAGUGAAAAAUAUAACUAAAUUUCAGAAAUUUAGAUAUGAUUUUGAAUUUCGCGAAAAUUAAGUUGAACGCGACGUUUGCCAGAGCGGCGCGGUGUAUGCAUAAGACACACUAAACUUUACGGGAAAAAUCCAAAAAAACGCCGUGAUUUAUUGAGCUCCCAAGAGGGUACAUCUAGUCAAAAAAAUAAGGUUCCAAGGACUUUCUAGAUAAUUUUUGAAGUACAAAAAAACCUCGAACUAAACCUCUCUAAUCUCAAUUUUACACUUGAAAUUUGGAAAAUAUCCUUAUUUUUAAUUCAAAAAGCCUCAAACCGAUGCCUCUCUGAAAUGUUUUUUUUCUGGAUCUCUAAACCAAAAAUCUGACUUUUCACAUAAAAACCAACCUUCUUCAGAACGACCGCGGCGUGGCACUACCGAUAGUAGUCAGCAAAAAAGACCGGGUCGAGAAAAUUUGGGCCGAAGUGGCUGGCUGUUCAGCGAUUCACGAUAAAUCCCUUGUCGGAAAGGCUCUUUUUUAUAAAGGUUCGUCUUAAAGUUCUCAGAAGCCUUUUUGAACCCUAAUAUCGCCUAAAAUCAUCAAAAACCUACUCAGAACUUAGUUUGCCAAUAAAAAUCCAGUACUUCUCGACCGCGACGCGUCGAGUCAUUUUAAAUGCGACCAGAAAAUGCAAAAACUUGAACAAGGACGGUUAAAUUCUGAAAAAGGCCUCGAUCGGUUUUUUUUUUGAACUUCCUGACGUUGCAAACUUAGAAAUAGAUGAUUUAACGAACAUUUUUCGAAGAUUAUAACGUUUUAGGAGCAUAAACCGACCAAAAGCGGCUUGCGCGCGUCGGCAUUCAAAACAUGACACUUGAACUGUAAGCGUCGAGCUUCUGAGUCGAGCCGCAGCGCGACCGCGACGCGUCGAGCCAUUCUAAAUGCGACCAGAAGGUCCAAAGACUUGACCAAGACCGAUGGAAUCCAGAAAAAAAGCCUCGAUCGGUUUUUUUUUUUGAACUUCCUGACGUUGCAAACUUAGAAAUAGAUGAUUUAACGAACAUUUUUCAAAGAUUAUAACUGAAGUUUUAGGAGCAUGAACCGACCAAAAGCGGCUUGCGCGCGUCAGACUUCAAAACGAACUGUAAGCGUCGAGCUUCUGAGUCGAGCCGCAGCGUGACCGCGACGCAUUGAGCCAUUCUGAAUGCGAACUUGGGGAGCAGAGUGAAAUUUUUUCCCUGGGCCAUUUUUUCCGAGUUCUCUCACCUCGCUCUGAAGCCCUUGCACCUUUCAGACUCCAAAAAAAGGGCCUCGCCCGGUUUUUUUGAACCUCCACACGUUGCAAACUUCCACGUGGCCGUAGAGCCCUCAAAUUUUCCCAAUUCCAAAAAAAAGACUUCAGGCCGACGCCUCCACCGUCACGACAUCAUCGGCCACCUCGACAUCAACUACUACGACACGAUCCGAUUCCAGAGCCUCAGCUCCUGUCGACCACCCUCUCUGAAGCAAAUGAGCGAAGCUUUCGACACCGUUCCAACACAUCCAGAAUCCAUGCACAAAGAAAUUUGA